AUGCGCUGUGAUGUUGACUGCGGGACACAAUUCGUUGGGUUUCUAGUUCUGGACCUAACAAGCGGUCCCAAGGUGGGAGCAAAUAGUAGGGACCGCUACGUGGCAGCCAACGUCGACGCGAAGACGACGUUGUACAAGACAGAGAACAAGCCCAGCUCAGGAACCGCCGGCGACAUCCUAACGAACCAGUGGGGAGUUGUCAGCUAUACCCUGACGGAAGUCAGGGAUGCACUCAUGCUGACUCAUGCCCUCGUUUAUACCCUCAAGGCAGUGGUAGGUGAGGAGCUCACUGUGAAUUUGUCGUCGUCGUCGGGGGACGUGGACCUGAUUACGGCUGAUAUUCCUCAUUUGAACCAUCGCCGUGAUCUCUGCCUCAUUGAAGAGGACCAGCAGUAUAAGCGGCUCAUGUUCAAAGUCAUACGUGACGGAACGUUCAGGCCUGAUUGUAUAUUGACCAACGCACACGGAUGGGUGAUUUCCACCGAGUCACGCAGUAAUGUGGUACAAGAAAAGGCUAUAAGAACAAAUGAGCUGCGAGGUGCUGCCAUCUACAGCUGA